AAAUUUGCGAUUGCACAACUCUUAGUAUAUUUGUUUAGUGUGUUGAUGUAAAAUAAUAGUAGGAUAGGUUGGUUAGAUAAACAGGGACCCCCCCCCCUCCUUCUCCAGUAUCUGACAAAGCGACAGUCAGCCUCCGGGCGGCAGGACUCACGCUCACCAGGUUGAUCCAGAGACUUCCAGCCGCUAUUGGUGCCUCCGAGUCUGUCAGGCCCUGCUGUUGACUACAGAGGAAUUUCCCCUCUGGAUCCGAGUUAAAACAUUUACGAUAAUGCCCACUAUAAAACUACAGAGCUCUGAUGGGGAAAUUUUCGAGGUGGAUGUUGAGAUAGCCAAACAGUCGGUCACAAUCAAGACCAUGUUAGAAGAUUUGGGAAUGGAUGAUGAAGGAGAUGAUGAUCCAGUUCCCCUCCCUAAUGUGAACGCUGCCAUCCUCAAGAAGGUGAUUCAGUGGUGCACUCAUCACAAAGAUGACCCCCCUCCUGAGGACGAUGAGAACAAGGAGAAGAGGAGUGACAUUCCUGUAUGGGACCAGGAGUUCCUCAAAGUGGACCAAGGCACUUUUGAACUGAUUCUGGCCGCCAACUAUUUGGACAUCAAAGGUCUGUUAGAUGUCACCUGCAAGACGGUGGCCAACAUGAUUAAAGGCAAAACCCCAGAGGAGAUCCGGAAGACUUUUAACAUCAAAAAUGAUUUCACAGAGGAGGAAGAAGCCCAGGUACGCAAAGAGAACCAGUGGUGUGAAGAGAAGUAAAGGGGAAGAUCUGCCAACACUCCACACUGAAAACGAAUGGUCUUUGUUAUCUGGUUGCACUGGCAUUGUUCAUACUUGUCAAUAUUUACAUUUAGUGUAUUAAGAGCCAUAGCCCCCCCCCCCCCCCCCCCCCCCCCCAAUUUCUGAAUACCAAUAGCAUGACCAUUUUAACUUUCCUGUGUGUUGUCAUUAAUUUAAACAAAAAAGCUCUUUUCUGUUUCCACUCACAUUCUCAUAACAAAUAGUUCUGUUUCAUGGCUUUUUACCCUUAAAGAUUAGAAAAUGUUUCCCUAUUAAUCGCUGAGGUUGUCUUUUUUUUUACUGGACAUGUUAUGUUUUUCUUUUAGGGUAAUUGAUUAAAUAAAAUGGCUCUUUUGACAAUGGAGAUGAAAGAUUUAAUAUUUUAUUUUUUGCUCUGUGAAUGCAUCUGUUCUGUGUACCAUGUUCAGAGAGGAGGGGCUGUUUUAAGGGAAAGCAAAGUUUAGGGUGGAAAGCUUUUUGCGUAAUGUCCUUUGGACUCGAAAGUACUUGUGUUGUCACAAAGCUUUGGGUAACUUAUUCCUAAUUCAUGUUUUGAAUUGGAAACUUUUCUCAGAUACAGCUUAGAUGCUGGCUUUUGGAUUGAUCAAACAUUUGAAGGAGUAAAUAAAACUCAUAAAAAGGG